GCCUUCAGUUUCGACGUGUCGCUCGUUCCGGGUGGUUGUGUUUCCGUGCGUGUCCGGUCUGUUCGCGUUCGCUACGUUUUCCACGUUCCCUUGCGUUUCGGCCGGGUGUACGGUCGAUGUUUUGCGAUGGCCCAAGCCAAGGGUUGCCCUAGGUAGGGGUUUAGUGCAACGAAACGCAGAGGUUAAAAGAAGUAAACAAAACGUGAAAGCGACGACAAAAAAAACCAACACACACAUUCAUAACAAUAUUCAUGGUCCGACAAGGGCUGGUGUUAGGAAAAAUUGGUGCCACCCAAGUGAGUGAAGAAGAACGCGAAAAAAUCUGUCAGACAUCGGCCCAACAGCAAGUGGAAACGUUUCCGGCCUUCAACCGCUUCCGCGUUAAAAUUAAAACCUUUCCCCGCGGUCUUUGCAGCUGAUUGUCUGCAGGAAGAAAAUCGGCCCAAACAGUGUUGGCUUGUGAGAAAAACAGCAAGCAAAAACUGAUGCGCCAAACCGAACACAAAGAAAGUCAUCCGAAGGGAAGUUAAAAUCUAGUCACAGUGAAACAAUGGUGCCAAUGCACGAACCGCACACCGAAGCCCAACACGGGCCAUCAGUUCGGGGCCAGCGGCCGGCUGGGGCUGGGUGGCCGGCGGCAAAAUCCGACAGCACUCGCAAAGGGUUGCCUGGCGCCGGGAAGAAAAACGUCAUCUGAAAUUCGGUCGGAAACAAAACAAACCAAAGCCACCAAACUCCCCCCACCCCCAACGUCCAAGCCUUGCCAAGCGAAAAAAGGUGAAGAAGAGAAAGUGCAAAAAGAAGGAAAAGUCGUCACUGUUUGUUAGUGUUUUUUAGUGAUUAUUUCCCAUCCGAUUGCAUCCGCGCUCACCGCGGUGGUCAUUGUCCUGCGGGUCGUGGAUGGUGGAAAACGUUCGUUACGGUUCCAGCUUCUUUUUUCCUCGCCCCGAGAAGGUUAAGCCCGCUGAGUGUGUAUGUGUGUGUGUGUGGUAGGCAGGCUUAAAAGUUGUUACCCCUUACUCGCUCAAGUGCAACUGUGUCUGUGAGUGUGUGUGUGAAGGUGCAGGUGUAUGUGCGCGCGUGAGGCCAUGUGAGCCUCGUACCAAGUGGAAGAAAAAAUAGUGUUUGAGCGGAAUUUUUUUGGCUGGUUUUAGUUUCCCAAACGUGUUAAAGGGUGAGCUUUGUGAGUGAAGAAGUGUAUGUGUGUGAGUGUGUUUGUGUGGUGGUGCUUCAGAUUUUUCCACCGAUUCCGUCAGUUGGGUGUUACCGCGCGGUAUUGCACUUGUUGGUUUUUUCUUUCUCCCCCGGUGUACGAAAGUUUUCCCCGGUGCGCUUAUACCUUUCGGUUCGGUAGUAUUUGCAUUUCCAUUCCCGGUUUUCCCGGUCAUCAUCUCGGGUGCCGCCAUCUCGUGGGUGUCUUUUCACGGAAGCGGGAAAACGCCAGACCGGGUGGAAUUAUUCGUGGUUUGAGCUUAGCUUCUUUGCAGCUCACCCUUUCACCCUCCGGUUGGGUCCGCUCUAGAGUUCCAUCCAUCUGUGACUCCAUUUUCAGUUUUCCCUUUCGACCCCUUUUAUUUGCAUUCCAUUCGUCCGGUAAGCGAAAGGUCAGCGAGCAGCAUUUAGGCAGGCCCGGGCCUGCUGGUGAAAUUGUGCGGUGUGUGACAUUUUUUCUCCCGGUGAACACGGUGGCACACGGAAUUUGAGCCACAUUUUACGAGUAUCAUCAUCAUCAUCAUCAACCGCGCCCCCGGAGCCGCUGGACGUGGCGGAAAAGCGAGGAAAAGGUGAAACGAAAUUCGGGAAAAACUAUCUUUCGCGCUCUCUCUCGGUACACGGGCAUACGGUAACGGGGCAAAAACAUCAUGGAGAUUAUUAAAAUAACAGUUUUGCUGCUGUGGUCCGUCGCAUCGAGCGUGCUAGGAUUAGCGAAAGCCAAACAAUCACACAUGCACGAGAACCCGUCGGAUUUUAAUACCGAGGCCAACUUUCCGCGGUUUGCCGAACCGAUCCCAAACAUUACGGUCACGAUAGGACGUGACGCAUUGCUGGCCUGCGUGGUGGAUAAUCUAAAAGGAUACAAGGUGGCCUGGGUGCGGGUGGACACGCAAACCAUCCUCUCGAUACACCACAACGUGAUAACGCAGAACCCACGCAUUAGCCUCACCUAUAACGACCAUCGGUCCUGGUACCUGCACAUCCGGGAGGUGGAGGAAAGCGAUCGGGGCUGGUACAUGUGCCAGGUGAACACCGAUCCCAUGAGAUCUCGUAAGGGCUACUUACAGGUUGUGGUUCCACCGGCAAUCAUUGAAUCGAUGACGAGCAACGAUAUGGUUGUACGCGAAGGUACCAACGUAACGCUGAAUUGCAAGGCAAAAGGAUUCCCCGAACCGUACGUGAUGUGGCGACGGGAGGAUGGUGACGAGAUGGCGAUUGGUGGCGAGAAUGUAAAUGUCGUCGACGGAGAAAUUCUACACAUCACCAAAGUCAGCAGACUUCACAUGGCUGCAUACCUGUGCGUGGCAUCGAACGGAGUCCCGCCCUCUAUCAGCAAGCGAGUGCAACUAAGGGUACAAUUCCCACCGAUGCUCUCCAUCCCAAACCAGCUCGAGGGCGCGUACGUUGGACAGGAUGUCGUGCUCGAAUGUCACACGGAGGCGUACCCAGCAUCAAUCAAUUACUGGACGACAGAGCGUGGUGAUAUGAUAAUAUCCGAUACCUCCCGUACGGGCGAUAAGUUUGAAACGAUGUCCCGCAACACCGGCUACACGAAGUAUAUGAGUCUGAAGAUUCGCAACGUUGGACCGGCGGAUUUUGGCUCGUAUCGAUGCGUGGCGAAAAACUCAUUAGGCGAAACCGACGGACUAAUCAAAUUGGACGAAAUACCGGCCCCGACGACAAUAUUGACAACCGAAUCACUUUAUAACAAUCGAUCAAAAGGACGCAAAGCAAACAAAAAGCAUGACCCAAUGAUGGUCGGUGACUACGGUGUGGAAGAAUGGAAGGAGAACGGACCUUCAAUCCGACAUCCUCCUGGGGCGUUUCACAAUGGUGCAGCGACAACUUCAGCCACCGGAGCACCAUGCAUUCGGACGGUAACGACCGGCUGCUGUGUUCUCUUCCUGCUUCACCUACUGUCCGUGCUGACUUCCCACCAACGCUGCUACCACCAGCAGAAGAGAUGAAAGUGAAACCGAACGCGCUCCAUCCAUGGCACAUUAUCAAACAGCCCAUCGUCGUACGUUUCCGGUUCGCCGUGCUGCAGGGCCAACGUGGGUUACGUUUUUCUAAGGGCGAAAGAAGCGUGCAGGCCGGCGUACGGGCGCUCGAUCGCAAGAUUUUCCGACAGAUUGCAAAUCAAAGCACGGAACGAAAGAAGCAGCGAUUAGGAAGAAGGUUACGUAGUGGACAUUCCAGAAGCAACAAACAUACACACACAUGUCCCUUAGAAAGGGAUGUGAUAUGGUGUAGGUAAUGGUAGUAGCUGUAAGUAUAAGUAACAUUUAACAGUAUCCGGCACGGUUGUGUUGGUGAGUGUGAGUAGGGCUCUUCUGUCUCUCCCUCUUCAUCACACUCGCCAACCGGUGUGCGCAAACGGAUGUAGUGUUGAUUAUAAUUAAAAUAGUUAAGUUUUGAGUUUGAACCGCUGGUAGUGGUUGGAACGGAGACAUCUUGCCUGCACUAUAAGUGUUGGAAGGAUGGCAAACAAAAAGAAUCUUACCACUGCUACCAGUGCAGUGUGAAGUAGUGACUGGGAAUUUAUUGUACAUACAUUAUUCAAGCUUAAAUUAAUAUGGUACAUGAUGACGAAAGGUCCCAUCCAACGGCUUGGAGGGUUAUGACGUUCGCUUGGUUUGGGUUUAUUUGAUCGACCGCUGCCUGCAGUGCGUACAAUGCAGUAGAGAUGCAGUGGCAGAGUCGUUCUACAGUUCGAAUUUGGCAUGGAAGUGUGAUAGUCAAUAUUUUCAAUUAUUAAGAUAGAGUCAGCAGUUCUGAAGGUGCACAAUUGAUUCAUUUGAUUUAUUUAAGUGCUUCAAAAUAUAUCUUAAUGCUAUCAUUUUUUUCAAUUGAUCUAAUUUAUUUAUUUAAGUGCUUCAAAAUAUAACUUAUUGCUUAUUUUUUCUUUGAGUUAUAAGUUUUAUGUUUCUAAACUAAGAGCCAACCAAACAAACUCCUUCUAACAACGAUCUAAUUGUAAAGCUCCACACGCCACCCGAUGCCCAACAUCUCGCUACUACGCACAGGAAAUAAUUGAAAAUGCUUUCCAUCCCAAGCCGUUUUUCGGUGCAUGAUUAUUUGAUUGAGGGUCAUAAGUACCAACCCUGGUUUCGAUAUUUAUGAGCAAAACUAAUACAAUACCGGUCGUUCGCGGUAUGACGUCAAAUUUUCCGUCCCACCAUGUGCCAGCUCGUACAUCCAAUUGAUGAUGACUUCGAACCUUUCCGAAAUGAAGCACUCGAUUUUAGGUCGCGAAAUUUCGCGCAAUAAUGGUGUGCGGUCGCGUUCCGAGUACGACUGAUUGGUGAGCAUGACGUUCCAUAUAAUAGCAAUGAACAACCAACCAUCGUCGUCCUUAUGCAUGCCUUGUGUAGCGAACAACGACACUGCUGCCAUUCUUCAUUGCUGCAACUUGUUCCGGGUGAUGUAAAAAUGGCUUCAUGCAUAAAUGAGAGUGUUUUAAACCAAACAGAACGGGAUUCGUUCUAAGCAGGCAGCCGGAAACAUGAUGUACCGGUGCUAUUGCCCAGGUUUCCAAUCAUUCAUAUUUAGAUGUAAAAGCUCUUGUCUAUUCUUCGUCGAGAGUGUAAUCAAAUUAAAAUCAAUGCAUCUCGACAAGCACCGCAUUGCGUUGGUGCAAGUGGUGUGCCGUUUGAGAAAACUUACUCGCUCGGAUUAAACAUCGUUUUCCACUCGCACUAGAGGAAAAUUAAUUUCGUAUGUCAUUCGUUACCGGCACAAAAUGAUGGAUGCUGAUCGAAACCCCACACUCGGCGGGCUCGUGGAGUGGAGGCUUCUGUCGUCGUGUCACCACGAGAUGAAAGUUCAUUGCUUUUGAGAUGAUGGGGUAAUUUUUAAGCGUACGGAAAACUGUAUUUUCUCAACGAAGAGAUGGGUACUUGGCGGCGUGCAAAGAAGGGUGGCCGUAUGUAUUAUGGUAACGACCAACGAUAUAAUGAUUGAUCGCUUGAACUAACAAGGUGCAUGGUUUCGUGGGAGCUUAGAAGGUAAUGCGCAGCAAGCAAGACAUACUGCUGGAUCUUCGAUCUUUCAUACCGCACUUUGGCACUUUUCUCAGAAUCCAUCUUCAUUUUUUUUGGGGGGAGGGGGGGGGUUGAGAGAGGCAGCAAAAGAAAUGAACCAAAGUAAUCAAACAUUUUCCUGCCUCGUGCUCAUCUGGAACCUCCCUGCUUACAGCUUCGAUUUGAAUUGAAUCGCAGCUAAAUGACGGAACUAAUAUUAGUGGAAAAUCGAUUCAUGAGAUGGUUGCUCAAUUCCUGUCUUUUCGCCUUCCGGAGUUCCCCAUGAUGGAUGCGAGUCCGUGUAGGUGUGUACUUAUGUGUGAUGGCUUCGGUUCAAGAAUUGAACGAACGAAGUGGUUCAUCGAACAGGAAACAGCAAUUUGGCAGCAGCUUUUUCCAGGAGAAAUGGUAACCAACACAGCCAGCCAGAACCCGUCUAAGCAGGGGAAAACCACCGACGAAAAGGGACAGAUUAAGAUGUGAAUAAAUGAUUCGAUAAACCGCACCGGGUAGCGGGUUGUUGCGAUGGUGAGCAGCUAAGCUCACUCGUAUGGAAAUGAUUUUAAGACGAGCAGAUCGACAAACCUUUUACCCGCCUCCGUAGUCCAGGGGGGGUUGGUGGAUGAGUCGCGAACAUGCCAAUAAUAAUGAUACGACAUGAUGCGAGCAAACAAACGAACAGAAAUAUCCAGGAACCGGAAGGUAGUGAAUGAAAAGUGCUUGCCUUUCCAAAACAUAAAAAUACAAACGACUGAGAGGGAGCAAAAAGAACACCAGCUCACCCCCAAAUCUGAUGGAAAUGGCAGGCAGUUACGAAAGACGCGCGCGCAGGGAGGGAAGCUCAGGCAGGAAAUGCUUAAAAUGAAAACCAAAUUAUUUUCCUGCCCACGUUCUCGUUUCGGCGGGGGUUUUCGUCGAUUGGCAAAUUCCACAUUCGCUACCACCGUAUGCCAGAAUGUAACUGCUGGCUCCGGGUUAGGCUCGGGGUUGGGGAGGGGAAUGGAAAUGAGGGCAUUGAGGUGUAUUGGAAUCCAAUGCACAGUAGCAGGAAUUGUGGAACUGGUGCUUUCUUAGGUAGAAAUUGCGCAUUUCAAAUAUUGAUGAUUUUCACGGCAAGCUACUUACUUCCUGGGGGUGAGUUCUUUUUGCCAUUUUAAUUUCACAUAAGGAUUCUCACGAUUCAUUUUUCACCUUCUUUUCUGAUAUUAUUGGCCGGGAUUCUGGUGAUGGAAAUGGAAAUCAAUCAGAAGGUAUCAGCAAAAAAUGGUUCUAUAUCUAGAAUAAGCAUUAUUUUAGCGCUGUCGUCAUCUGGCUAUGUUAGUGACGCCAUAAGACAUUCGCGUUAUUUUCAUUUUUUUGUCAAAAUAUUAUCAGUUCAUGACAUUACUUUGAAAUGAUCAUACAAAAAUAAAUUAUCAUACUCAGUUGACAAAAAAUAAGUCACACUUCCAGUUAAAUUUAAACUGUUGCAAUUCAAGCUACCGAAACCCAACGAACGUCAUAAGGGCACGCAAUUGUUAAACUAGUUAAAAAAUGGAGAGCCAAGUGGGUGAAAAAAAAACCAAAACCCCACUGCACACAAGCUGGACGCAAAAUCAUUUCAUGCAUACAUGCAUCUGCCCUGCUCAGCUGACUUCUGUUCUGUAAAUAGCAAAUGGCCGCGAGCAGUCAUCAAGGGUCGCUUUUCUCCGAUUGGGCGUGCAAAUGUGUGUGUGUUACAAAACCAAAAAACGAUAGUGAUCGUGUAAACGCAGGAAACAGUCAACGAUGAAUACGAAUACGAGGGGUCGGUCAAAUAGACGUCCGGCGAAUGAUGUACAAUAAUAUAGAAACAGAAACGUAACACAAACAAACCCCGUAACCCUUACCAUCAUAGAGCAAAAGAAAAGCAAGGUAAAACAAAAUGAAACAAAAAACCCAUGUAAAAGGUGUAGUGUUGUGUAAAUAUUGCUGCUUAGACAAGAGAAGAACAAAAAAACAUACAAAAAAGAAGAAAACGUCUUGUGGAAGGCGAGCGAGAGCCAACCAAACAAAAAAAUGGUAAAAAUGUAACAAACAAACAAACAAACGCUAUCAAGAUCAAUGAACGGACGGUAGAAGCGCAAGAGUGGCUCUGUUGAGCUAGACAAACGAGAGCAGGUAGAGUGGUUGAUAGCACAAAUCAGAAGAGUAAACAACAGUCUAAAGUAAGUAAUAAAUACAGAUGGCAAAAAAAUGGUAUGAAUAAGCGAAUACAAAGCUGCUGUUAAAACACAGAGAUGUGCAAAACGCGUGUGUUGUGUGUGAGUGUGUGUGGAUGUCUGUGAAGAGAGUAUAGAAAGGUGGAAAAGAAAAUGAGAUGAAAUAAACAGAAUGCGGAAAAAAUAAACUUUGAA